UUCUUCUCCAUCCUCUUCGUUGCCUCCAUCUUCAUCACCUUCACAGUCUUCUUUUUCGGCGUUAUCUCAGUCGUCAGCAUCACAGGCAUCUUCAUCUCGUGCUCUCGGGUGAUGCUGUGUUACGACGGGUCGUUGAGGGACUUCUGGGACGACCUGGCUCGAAUUAUAUUUUCUUCGUAUUUUGUCCUUAAAAUUCGUGUUUCUACAGUCACACCUCGCUCCACCGCCGUCAACGCCUCGCUCCACCGCCGUCAACGCCUCGCUCCACCGCCGUCAACGCCUCGCUCCACCGCCGUCAACGCCUCGCUCCACCGCCGUCAACGCCUCGCUCCACCGCGUCAACGCCUCACUCCACCGCCGUCAACGCCUCGCAACGCCGCCGUCAACGCCUCGCUGCGCCGCCGUCAACGCCUCGAUCGCAACGCCGCCGUCAACGCCUCGCAACGCCGCCGUCAACGCCUCGCUACGCCACCGUCGAUGCCUCGCUACGUCGCCGUCAACACCUCGCUGCGCCGCCGUCAACGCCUUGCUCCACCGCCGUCAACGCCUCGCUCCACCGCCGUCAACGCCUCGCUACGCCGCCGUCAACACCCCGCAACGUCGCCGUCAACACCUCGCUACGCCGCCGUCAAUGCCUCGCUCCACCGCCGUCAACGCCUCGCUCCACCGCCGUCAACACAUCGCUCCACCGCCAUCAAUGCCUCGCUCCACCGCCGUCAACACCUCGCUACGCCGCCGUCAAUGCCUCGCUCCACCGCCGUCAACACCUCGCUCCACCGCCGUCAACACAUCGCUCCACCGCCAUCAAUACCUCGCUCCACCGCCGUCAACACCUCGCUCCACCGCCGUCAACACCUCGCUCCACCGCCGUCAACACCUCGCUCCACCGCCGUCAACACCUCGCUCCACCGCCGUCAACACCUCGCUCCACCGCCGUCAACACCUCGCUCCACCGCCGUCAACACCUCGCUACGCCGCCGUCAACACAGGCAAAGUGGCACUCGCCCUUUGGACGUUAUAAUCCGUGAGGAAAUUCACAGAAAAUGGAAUGAUUCGAAGCACACGCUCGAGAAGACUCGACCCCGGACUUGA